AUGCAACUCCCGUCCGCCUUCCUCUUCCCACUCCUCCUCGCCCCUUCCGCUCCCGCCAUCGCCGCCGCCGCCGCCGCCGCCGCAGCACACGGCCACCACAAUCACCCACACCCAGACCGAUCCGUCUUUCCAUGGUUGACAUGGCUUCGCGAUAGCGCCGUCCAGAUGGUCUUCGGCCGGCCCGCCUCAAAAGACUUCGAGCAACGCAUACCAAACCUGGGCCGGAAAUAUCAGGAUGAGGUCAUCCUCCGUGUCAACAUCACCACCGCCGAGGAGGAGGCCGCGUUGGCAAAGGCGACCGAGCGCCUGUUCCUGGACAUAUGGUCGUGGGACGGCACGGUCGACUUGAGGGUCCAGAAGAACUACGUCAAAUCGCUGCUCGGCCUGCUGCCGCCGUCCCUGGGCAGCUCGUACUGGGUCAUGGUCGACGAUCUGCCAUCUGCCGUGUACGCCUCCUACCCUUCGCCCUCAACACCGAAGGAGCAGUCCCAAUUCGAGCGCAGGUUCAGCGUGGACCUGAUGAGGCCUCAGCCCCCCAACAAUGGCGAUGAGGGCCUCUAUUUCUUCCGCAACUACCAGCCCCACAAGGUCGUCAUACGGUGGAUGCGUCUGAUCGAGGUUAUGUUCCCUUCCUUUGUGCGCUACACCACCAUAGGGCAGACCUACGAGGGCCGCGACAUCCCCGCGCUGGUGGUUGGCCCCGGCUUCAGCAACCAGGGGCAGCCUCGCAGGACUCUGGUCAUCAUGGGUGGCUCCCACGCCCGUGAAUGGAUCUCCACGACGACGGUCAACUAUCUCGCCUGGGCCCUCAUCACUAGCUACGGCAAGGACCCGCUGAUCACCAAGUUUCUCAACAAGUUCGACGUCGUGUUCAUCCCUGAGCUGAAUCCGGACGGCAUUGAGUACACGUGGAGCGCCGACCGACUAUGGAGGAAGUCUCGCCAGCACACGAGCCUGCAGUUCUGCCGCGGAUUGGACCCUCGACCACGCAUUUGGCUACCAGUGGGACGGGUCCGGAGUGCACCAGAACGACCCCUGUUCAGAGAGCUUGAAGUCUCCGCGCUUCGCGACUGGGCGAAGGUCCAGGUCGAAGAAAACAAUGUCGACUUUGUUGGCCUGGUGGAUCUGCAUUCUUACUCCCAGCAGAUCCUUUUCCCUUAUGCUUAUACCUGCGGCGUCGAGCCGCCGAACAUUGAGAAGAUGGAAGAGCUCGCCCUUGGGCUGGCCAAGUCCAUCAGGCUGUUCUCUGGCGAGAGCUAUUCCGUCAAGGCCGCCUGCAGGGGCGCGGUGACAGAUUCGAACACGGAGAAGGCCCUUAGGAUAGAGCCUACCGGAGGCUCCGCUAUCGACUGGUUCUACCACGAGCUGGGUGCUCAUUAUAGUUACCAGAUCAAGCUGCGGGAUACGGGCAGCUAUGGAUUCUUGCUGCCCAGUGAUCAGAUUAUUCCAACCGGGGAGGAGAUUCUGCAUUCGAUCAAGUACCUGGGAGACUUCUUGCUCGGUAAUGAUGGCAUCGAGAAUUUGCAGGCCCACCCUGAAGCAGCGGCUGAGUCCGACGAGGAACUUCUCGCCGGCUCGGAAGCUUACGAUGACAUUACGGAGCUGAAGAAGCGCCGCCGCAGGAGAUAG